AUGGGAACCGGUCGCGUCCCGCUCCUCCUCCUCUUCUCCGCCGCGAUGAUGCAGGCUCUCCUCCCCGCGCCAGCAGAGGGUGUGGUCCGCAUCCCGCUGAAGAAGCGGCCCGCCGACAAAAACGGCCGCCUCCAUGACGAGCGGCGCCGUGGCUUCCUCGGCAGCAACGCCGCCGCCGCCGCGGCCUCGGAGAAAGCCGAGGCAGAGGCGGAGGGGGACAUCGUGGCGCUGAAGAACUACCUCAACGCGCAGUACUACGGCGAGAUCGGCAUCGGCACGCCGCUGCAGAAGUUCACCGUCAUCUUCGACACCGGCAGCUCCAACCUCUGGGUGCCCUCCUCCAAGGCUCCAAGUGCUAUUUCUCGAUCGCUUGCUACUUCCAUGCGAGGGAAGUCUGCUUCAAUACAUUAUGGUACUGGUGCAAUUUCUGGCUAUUUCAGCCAGGACAGCAUGAAAAUUGGUGAUGUCAUUGUGAAAAAAACAGGUUUAUUGUGUCACCAUGAUUUUAUUGAAGCUACGAGGGAACCAAGCCUUACUUUCAUGGUUGCAAAAUUCGACGGCAUUCUUGGGCUUGGAUUCAAGGAAAUCUCAGUUGGGAAUGCUGUACCUGUAUGGUACAACAUGGUUAACCAAGGUCUUGUUGAUGAUCCCAUUUUCUCAUUCUGGUUCAAUCGACAUGCUGAUGAAGGGCAGGGAGGUGAAAUUGUGUUUGGAGGAAUUGAUCCUAGUCACCAUAAGGGAAAUCAUACAUAUGUCCCUGUCACUAGGAAGGGAUACUGGCAGUUUGAUAUGGGCGAUGUCCUGAUUGGAGGGAAGUCCACAGGAUUCUGUGCUGCUGGCUGUGCAGCAAUAGCAGAUUCUGGAACUUCGUUGCUUGCUGGUCCCAAGGCCAUAAUUACUCAGAUAAAUGAAAAGAUUGGUGCUGCUGGGGUAGUCAGCCAAGAAUGCAAGACAGUUGUUUCUCAAUAUGGGGAAAAUAUCCUAGAUCAGCUAUUAGCAGAGACACAGCCAGCAAAAAUAUGUUCUUCGGUUGGUCUAUGUACUUUUGAUGGAACUCAUGGUGUUAGUGCUGAUAUCCAAAGUGUGGUGGAUGAUGAAGCUGGGAAAUCAAAUGGUCUCUUCAAUGAUGCAAUGUGCAAUGCCUGUGAAACAGCUGUUGUAUGGAUGCAGAGCCAACUUGCACAGAACCAAACUCAGGGUCUAGUGUUGCAGUACAUUAAUCAGCUAUGUGAACGGAUUCCUAGCCCUAUGGGAGAAUCAUCUGUGGACUGCAGCAGACUUGCAUCCAUGCCUGACAUUGCCUUCACCAUUGGGGGCAGAAAGUUUGUGCUCAAACCAGAACAAUAUAUCCUGAAGGUUGGUGAGGGAGCUGCUACCCAGUGCAUUAGUGGUUUCACAGCUAUGGACAUUCCUCCUCCCCGUGGUCCUCUGUGGAUCUUGGGCGAUGUAUUCAUGGGAGCCUACCACACAGUCUUUGACUACGGCAUCCUGAAGGUUGGCUUCGCAGAGGCUGCAUAA